AUGAUGCCACAUUUGGUUUACUCCACUGGCGAGGCUUCAGUUUAUACUAUAGACUUGAUACUUUCUUGUACACAUGUCUUAAUAAUAUUGUUAUCAACACAACAGCAAGUAAGAUGGACAUCUGGCACUUUUGUAGUAGGGUGUGUGAGCAAGCUGCAAUAUAUUUUACAGACAUACAUAGAUAGACUAAAGCAUAUUCUUGUCUAUUUAGGUGGACGUAUUUGUCAGGACAUUGGCUGGAAUGACUGGGGUCCAAUUGAUCUCGGAGCAGAGUAUAUCCAUGGAUCAAAUACGAUUGCGUACAAGUUGGCAAUGGAACAGGGAUGGCCAUUGAGCCGUUCUGUGUACAGCUAUGGAACGAUUCAAAGUGACACACCUGACAGUUCUAGCUCUGACAGUUCUAGCAUAACUUAUCAAGAUUGCCUGUAUUAUGAUGGUCGAAUCAUACCAUUCAGUGAGUUCUCCAGCUGGUCUGACUCUAGAGAAGCUCUUCAUUUUUAUGAAAAAAUCAUCUCGAUCUAUGAGUCAGGACAGCGCAUCAAAAGCAAGGAGGAUAUUUCUCUGAGAAAAUUUUUGAGAGAUGAAGGUGCAAGCGAAGGAGUUGUUUCCAUUUAUCAAGCAAUCCUUUGCCAAGAAGUUAGCACAAGAAUCGAUAAUUGCAGUCUGUUUGAAAUAAGUCGACGUAUAAACAACCGGACAAAUGGAAUUGGUAACUAUCGAAUUCAAGGCUCCUUUGCUGUACUGCUUGACUAUUAUUUGAAACAAAUUGGAGAAACAUGUGUUAAACUGAAUUGGCAAGCAGUUAGAAUACAGUAUCAGUCAUCAGCUGCACAGGACUGCCCUAGAGUAACUGUCACAAGUCAAAAUGGUGACACAUUAGAUUCAGACUGUGUGGUGAUAACAGUUCCCAUUACUGUUUUGAGAGAUGGAGACAUCAGUUUUAUACCACCUCUGCCACAAGCUAAAAUCCAAGCAGCAAGAAACAUCUGCAUGGAACCAGUUUACAAAAUUAUAUGCAGAUUUCAGACUGUCUUUUGGCCUCAUGAUUUGGGCAUUAUGACUUGCUGUGAUGGAUUUGUCAGUCACGUUCACCAAGAUUGUCGAUAUGAAAGAUAUUCAAGCUCUAGUACACAGCUUGCUGUUGAUACAAGCGUGAAGAAGAUGUCAAGGAAAGAGAAUCUUGAUUCUAGUGGCUGUUUUAUGUUAUCUGGAUUUCAGUCAUGUGGACCAGCUGCAGAUAAAGAAGGAAUGUCGGCCGAAGAAAUGGUCAAAGGCUUUUUGCGUCAGCUUGAUGAAAUAUUUGGAGAUGAAACUGGCAGGAAGGGCUCAAGAACACCAGCAUCUGAUAGCUACAUGGGAUCCAUUGUCAAACAUUGGUCAAAUGAGCCAUUUAUCCGAGGCUCCUACACUGGAUCUGCUCUUAACUCAACACAAUGGGACUAUCGUCACUUAGCAAAGCCAGUUGACGGGUGUUUAUUCUUUGCUGGGGAGUCAACAUGUGUGACUUCACCUGCAACGGUGGACUCUGCUCUAAGGGCAGGAGAGCGAGCUUCACAAGAAGUAAUUUAUGAAUUACAAAAACAUGACUUGCAAGGGCCAUAGGAGAUGUGCUGCAUUUAGAAGUUGCUAUGAGAAUUGGGAGUCCAAGAAAUUGCAAUCAAUUGAUGUGUUACUGCAGUACAACAGUUUAGCUAGUGGGCACUUUGUUGCAAACUUGGCACAUUCUCUAGAGCUGUGUAUGCAAUCUUUGAUGAUGUGUUUGUGGAAGUAUAACAUAUCACA